GCCCCGAGCGGGAGGCAGGGGAGGCGGCGCGCCGGGAGCCAUGCGGGAGUACAAGGUGGUGGUGCUGGGCUCGGGCGGCGUGGGCAAGUCCGCCCUCACCGUCCAGUUCGUGACGGGCUCCUUCAUCGAAAAGUAUGACCCCACCAUCGAGGACUUCUACCGCAAGGAGAUCGAGGUGGAUUCCUCGCCGUCGGUGCUGGAGAUCCUGGACACGGCGGGCACCGAGCAGUUCGCCUCCAUGCGGGACCUCUACAUCAAGAACGGGCAGGGCUUCAUCCUGGUCUACAGCCUGGUGAACCAGCAGAGCUUCCAGGACAUCAAGCCCAUGCGGGACCAGAUCAUCCGGGUGAAGAGGUACGAGAGGGUGCCCAUGAUCCUGGUGGGCAACAAGGUGGACCUGGAGGGCGAGCGGGAGGUCUCCUUCGGGGAGGGCAAAGCCCUGGCCGAGGAGUGGAGCUGCCCCUUCAUGGAGACCUCGGCCAAAAACAAAGCCUCGGUGGACGAGCUCUUCGCGGAGAUCGUCAGGCAGAUGAACUACGCCUCGCAGCCCAACGGGGACGAGCAGUGCUGCUCCUCCUGCGCCAUCCUCUGAGGCUGCGGGCCGGGCUGCGGGCCGGGCUGGCUGCGGGCGCGGCGGGGCGGCCGCGGGGGAGACACGGGGAGAGACAGAGAGAGAGGAAAGCGAACACAAACCGACAAAAAAAACGCAACGAACCGCAAGCAAACAAAAUAAUCGGGGGGAAAAAAAAAAACUGUAAUCGUGUUGGAAAUGUGGCUUUUUUUUCGGCGUUGUACGUUUCGUCCAGUCUUGAUCGUGGCAUAUUUCCUGUCGGUGUCUUUGCCGCGGGCCGCUGCCCCGCGCUGGCAGCGGGCACCGGGGAGGAAGGCUUCGGCGAGGAGCGGCCCGGCCUGCCGGGAGGAGCGGAGCACAGCCGGGAGCCCUGCCCGGGACAGCCGGGAGCCCUGCCCGGGACAGCCGGGCCAGCCGGGAGCCCUGCCCGGGCCACGCGUGCGGAGCGCGGCGCGGAGCCCGCCCUGCCCCGCCGCCCCUCCCCAGGAUCUCUAUGCAAAGUCGGGUGGUUGUGCCGGGGCGUCCAGCCUGGAGAAUUGCACAUCUGAACUGGGACUUUUAACUUAAACACUGAUGCCAAUACAGUGUGGGGUGCCAGGAAGUGUCUGCUGAUGAUUCGUGAAAUAAUCUUCUAUUUUGUUUACCUGCUGUAUCGGAUGGGAGUUUGCAGGAGAGUGGUAGCGUGGUGUUGGUUUUGUUUUUUGUGUUUUUUUUGUUUUGUUUUAAUAUUUUGGUUUUGUUUGUGUUGUUUUUUUUUUUAAAUCAGCUGUGAAAAUGUUACAAAUCUGCACAAUUUUUUAAGUGUG